AUGGAGUGUUUGUAUCGACUGUUCGGCGGAUGCUGUGGACUUGGAGCCGAGCCGGAGCCACCGUAUUCACUACUCCGUCACGAUUCUGUGACGCCUGUCCGGGACCCACCAUUUCAACGAAAUAAUCGACAAGGUGUGACCGGUGGACACAAUAACCAUCAGCAACAACCACAACUGCCUCAAGACCUCUUCCAGCAGCAUGGAGUUGCCAACCAGGUUCACGACACUGUUUCCGAAUCAAAAUCUGGAGUUUUGGACGAAGAAGUUGUGAAAGAUGAGAAUCGCGAACGGCUGCAGCUCGACAACACUGAUCACUCGCCGAUCGAAUUGAUGCCAUCUCAAUACUGCACAGGCUCCCCCGCUUCCGGUAAAGCAAGACCGAUGGGAACAAAAAACCACCAAUUCCUCGUCGAGCACCCAGAUUUGAAGUCUGCUGCCAGAUCUCCAGGGUUCCCUCUCAACCGGCUCCCAUAUGUGCCAUUGAAUACUGUCCUCUCGUUCCUAUCCACUCCAGAAAUAGUCCGAUUUCCAAGAACCACUGAAACAGGCGGUCUUCGAUACGCAAGGGAUAUUGUGAGAAGUAUCGACGGACGGAGGGCGCUCGUCUACUUUGACGGAUCGGAUGUCUUCAGAAUGGAGAUUUUUGUGGAUCACGUAAUGACUGAAAUUGAAUAUGAACAACGGGCGGCGGGGCUUUUCUAA